AUAAUUUUACCAACCAUUCACUAGCUAUAGUCCCUUCAAUUCCCCUAUAUAUACCCUUAACUUUCACUCUUCACAUCCAUUCCAUCUCCUUCUUUUUCUUCUUCUUCUUGUUCUAGUUUUCAAGUUGAUCACUUUGAUCUUUAUGGCCACUGUUGAGGUUCAGUCUGCCACCACUGCAUUGCCAGAAGAGAAUGUUCAAGUGACAGAAACAAAUAAGGAGACGGUGGAGGAGACAACUAAGGAAGAAGAAGUAUUUGGUUCUGCUACUGAGACUGCUGUUACUGAUGAGGUUAAAGUAAAGGAAGAUGCUGAAGAAGCAGCGAAGCCGGUGGUCGAAGAGGAGAAGAUCGAAGAAAAGCCGGCAGAAGAGAAGCCGGUAGAAGAGAAACCGGUGACCGAGAUCACCGGUGAGGACACAGUGGAGAACAAGGAGGUUCCUGAGGUGGAGCAAGAGGUAGUGGCAGUGACAAUUAGUGAAAAGGAAGAAGAAAAGGAAGAUAAGAAGGAAGAGAGAGCCGAAGAAAAGCCGGUGGUGGCCGAAGAGGAAGUGAAGAAAGAUGAAAAUAAGGAUGAAGGUGAGAAGAGCAAUGAGGAGUAGAAGAAAUAGUAGUAUUUAGAGAGAGUGUCUUGCAUGCAUGGAGAUAUAAUUAAUGAGAGAAACAAAACUAUCAGUGUAUGUGUUUGUGUUAAUUUCUUAUGUUGAGAUAUGAUGUGAGUUAAUUAGGUUUAAUGCAUGGGGGGUUUAUGAAUAAUAAUUAAUGUAAUGGUAGAAAUAAACAAGUUGAACCAAUGUGGUCCAACUUUGUAGUUUGUUGUUGUUAUAUUGUGAUGGUUGUGUUGUUAAUCUAUGGAUUUCUUGAUUUCAUAGAGAUCUAGUUGUGCUUCU